CGUUUAUAUUUCUCUACUGUCAAGACACACUCUUCAAACCUUUCAUCAUGACUACUCGGCUGAGUGUUAACAUUCAGUUUACUCCGGAUGGUUUUGGCUCACACCAUCAAGAGGUCGAUACCAUUAUCAGGGAAGAUACUGGGUCUAACCAGUGGAUUGCUACACCUACCAUUCCGCCUGUGUAUUUCGUUCCGGGUUUGACCGAAGUGGCUAUCAAUAAACUACGGGUUAUUCAGGGGGUUCUUGUUAAUGUUCAGGAAUAAGGAUGAUGGAGGGAUAUGUAAUGUUCAUAGUUUAGGAGUUGAC